AUGGCUUUUGCGGUUGCGCCGAAGAUGAUUUCGCUCUCAUUUUUUAACCAAACAAGGAAAGAAGGAUUUGAAGCGGUUUUUGGGAAAAGGGAUUACGGGGGAACGGAUCGCCUUGGAACCCUGACCCUCAAGUGUGCUAUCGAGCGAAGCAACAAUAGCAGCGAUGGAAAGAAAAGUGGCCUAUCUAAUUCGAAUUACGUGGUGCCGCUGGACAAUUCAUCCUGCAUAACUCGUCCUUUGGCCGAGAUACUCCGAGACCUCAAUAAAAGAAUCCCUGAUACUAUCGUCAAAGCUCAUGUUCCUGGCGAUCCCUCUGCUUCCACCUUCAUCCCCUGGUAUCAUGCCAACAGAAUGUUGAGCUUCUACGCCCCAGGAUGGUGUGGCGAGAUACGUGAUGUCAUUUUCUCUGACAAUGGCGGUGUAACUGUGGUAUACCGACUUACCGUACGUGGAUCUGAUGGAGAGGCAUUUCGUGAAUCAACUGGGACAGUCUCUCCCAGUGAUGGCUCCAUCGGUGAUCCAGUUUCAGCUGCUGAGGAAAUUGCUUUCUGCAAAGCUUGUGCCCGAUUUGGUCUUGGCUUGUAUUUGUAUCAUGAAGAUUAA